AUGCACGUUCGUCAGCUUGCUACUAUCUUGAGCAUUUGCCUCUCAUGCAGACAAGCUAUUGCUCCUCCGGCAGUCUUUGACCCCAGCGAGUCGAUCAAGCCGAUCGUCACAUUGGCAAUGACGCCCCACGAUGUCUUGGGAACGAGUGGCCUUGCGCUUGACGCAACUCAACAAGCUGCCCUUCGAGAAAGCCCACACUUGUACACCCGCCAGCUUGGGGCAGCUUUCACAGAGGCCUUCAAUACACUUGGAUUUAUAACCAGUAACCCGAAGCACGACUUCACGUCUUCAAUUCUUGGAAGCCUCGAAGGUUAUUAUCAUACGAUUACCCAGGAGCUCCCAGAAGAAUUAAGGCAGAAACAAUUGAAACUCUUCCGAAAUUCCUUUUACUCUCGGCUUCACGACCUCGCGACCGAGCUGGGUUCGGCAGAAUGGACAACGCGUGCGCAGGGAGCGCAGCAGAACUUGGAAAAGAGAUUGAAAAUAGUUGCGCUAGACUUCGAAAUGAAACAUAUAGCCCCAGCUGCCGAUAAGGAAAUACUCGAUGUCAUUGAAAAAAUGGGCCAGAAGAUCAAACAAGACCCAAGGCACCGCGAAGUGUUGACGCAACUAAAGGAAAUGAAGGACCACAUGCAAACUCAUUUACCUCAUACGGUUGUCUUCGAGGACGUGCAAUAUCUAAAAAAGGAACAGGUUGAAUCUGCGUUGAAGGAAAUCAUUCAGAGCUACCCUCGCUCUGUCAACUCACAUGCUGCACUUAAACCAGCCGAUCAGAAGAUUUCCCCGGCCGUAACUCAUGCCACCAGCGCUCGCCCGGCUGGUCUUCCGCCCAGUCCACCCAUGGUUACGGCUGCCGCCUAA